AUGAGUCUGGUGUAUCGACAGCUCAACCGAGCGGCCCUCCAGGGCAAUGUGCAGGCCUUGCGAGAAAUAGGUUUAAUGCAUGCAACAAAUGAGGGAGGCGCAGAGAAGGACGAGUUGCUUUCCAUUCAAGUGCUGCUGCGCUCUCUCAGCCUCGGAGACAUUCAGUCUUUGGUGCCUCUGGCGCUGACGGUGGAGCGCCGCGCGGGGGGGAACUUGAGGCUGCUGCAGCGCGCGGAAGAAAUGCUGCAGUACUUUUUGGAGUCGGGGGGCCCCCGGGAGGCCGAGGGGCCCCCCGAGGGUACGGGAACUGUACCCAGGGGGGCCCCCUGGUUCAGGGGCCUCUGGCGCUCUGCGGGCUGCCGCGCUGCCCUCUGGAGAAUCCGCAUUAAGAAGAGACUGCAUGCAACCAAACUCUUCUAA